AUGGCCAAAACUUUUCACUCUUUCUCGAAGCUUCCAGCUGAGCUCAGACUAUGUAUCUGGGAGUUGGCAGUUCGGCCUACGGGUCCCGACCGUCCAGGAGCUCAUUUCUUUUCAGUCCAACGAGACGUCAAAACAGGCAAGCGCUUCACGACAUUCCCCUCCUUUACACAGAAGUCGAAACCACUCUGGAAGGAGGAUAAUCCUUCGGCAUACUUCUACGACUUUGGCAUGUGGACAGCCUGCAAGGAGUCGAGAAUGAUCGUCACAAAACAAAUCGCAAGACGUUACAAAGACCUUCGUUGGGGGAACAGCCGCGCUGUUGCUCACAUACGACAUGGCCAGGAAGACAUAACCUUUGGUCUAUUUCCGCGGCAAGAUCUCAUUUGCAUGCAGCUUCCGGAUACGAAGAAUCUUUAUCCACAUUAUUAUAAUCCUCUCUCUUAUCUUGAUAUUUAUAUGAAGUACUCGUAUACAGUGAUGGCGUCUAUCGCGUUCGAGUACGACGAAUCCUGGGCUUUUGAUCCAGAAAAAGAUCAGAUUGGUACCAUGAUGGCCGAGCCGGGUCCUCGGGGGGCUUUUCUCAAACUCCUCGACAGGGCGAUUUCGGAUGAAGAUUUUCAGGUCCAUCUUUAUCUGAUCCAAUACGGUGCAAAGUUGAAGCCUGGGGCGCCUAGAAGGGGGACCUUUCACGGGAACGGGUUCAAUCUCGAAAUCGCAAAAGGUUAUGAUGUUAUGGUUGAAGGUAAGAACGCCAUGAGUGCCUGGUCCUUUAUGUAUAUGAUUACCAGGGAAGGUGGAGAAUUUUGGUAUGGAGCGAAAGAUAACUGGGAUUUUGGUGGUCACGCAACUCCUGGUCCUGGUGAUCACGUCGAUGUAUAUGCAGAUGACCAUAUAGACGUGUUGGUAUGCGAGAGAGCGUAG